UUUGUUUACAAACACAGAUGGUUUCCAUGCAACACCGGUUUUAAACGUUUGUGUUAUUCCGAAAUGGUAAAAAUUUCGGUCGUUAGACAACAUGAUCGUGGUUUUAUCUACAAUAUUGAAGAUUAUUUAGAGUUGCGUUUCACUCAUCGAAUAAUCGGUAAUUUGAUCGGAGUACCCGUAUCUAAACCUCGAAGUGCUCAUAAUUAUGCGCUUCCCGCAGUUUUGUCUCCAUAUGAGUUGAAGUUGGCGCUCAAGAAAGGAUGGAUACAUCUUGUGGAUAAAAGAUCCUUGUCACUUCCUCCCGACGACAGUCAGCAGGCAAAAAUACGUGAAAUGAUAGAACAGCAGCUUGCGGAACAGAGAGAACCGUUCGUCGAGAAACGGCUGGCUGAAUUUAGAAGACAUUUACCGAAAAUAAUUGAAGGAAAACGAAAAAAGCUGUUGAAAACCCAAAUGAUUGAAGAUAACGCUUGUGUUGACCCGGAACAACUUGUAAAUGAUGAGAAACAAAGGAUUGAAUUGAUGGAAAUUGACAAGUUAAUACAAAUACCACUUGAACAUCCAUUGCCCGGAGCAUAUUCCAUGAUCAACGACGAAUCGAUUGAAGUAGAUGCCCUAAAGUAUAGAAUAUUUGAAGAUAUCUGGGAAAAUCACAACUUCUACAUUUCCAGUGGUGAUUCUUUUGGUGGCGAUUUUCUGUUAUAUCCAGGCGAUCCCCUUUAUUACCAUGCUUCGCAUGUGGUACACGUUCUGGCCACGCAUCAAUUAGAUGUUAAAUAUCUUAUUCGAUGCUGUCGACUAUCUGUUGUUGUUAAUAAGAUUUGCAUUUUCGUUUACGAAGAUGAGCAUGGGAAAAUUAAUUACCAAACAAUGGAAUGGAUUGGUAAUGUAGAUAAUGACAAUAAUUAGUACCGAUAUUACUUAUCAAUAGAAGAUUUUGUGCGAUCUAUCGAAGUCAAUUUAAUUCAUGAGCGAAAUUCAAUGCUCCGGGCACAUACAGAUGAUUUUAAGUCAUAACAAUGAAUUAGUAUAAAGUUUUAUAUUUGAUAGUAAUCUCCGUACGACCAUGAAUAAUACAAAAUGAAUUGAAACAAUAAAAACAUUUUGUACUUACCAGAAUAUCCAAUUGAUUGUAUCUACCAAUUUAAGAUAAUUUAAAACUGUAAAAAAGGCACGACCAAACACAGUGUUGGAACGGUUUUUUCUUUCAAAUGAAAUGAAUCCCAAAC